GAAGGGCAUCUUGUACAUCCACUGGGAAUAAAUUGCCUUGUCUGUGGCAGCUUCCUCUGCAGAUUGUUGCUUCUUUUCCUGGCUUCUGAAUCCUUUCCGCAUAUAGAUGCCUCCUCCCAGCAGUGAUUUCUAGAAGCCCCAUAGGCCUUUAGUGCCUAGGUUUUGCCCCGCCCCGUCUGACUCUUCUCAUGCGCAGGCAUGAACCUGGCCCAGGCCACUGUGUUCCUGUGGGUGUUGGGCAGCCUCCAGGCCUUUGAAAUCGUGGAGAAGGAGAACAUUUUUCAGAGGACCCCCUGCCCAGCUUUCCUGAUGUUUGACAAUGCAGCCUACCUGGCUGACAUGAGCUUCGAGCUCCCCUGCCACUGCAAGCCCGAGGAGGUGCCUGCUGUCGUCUGGUACUAUCAGAAGCACCUCGGCAGCGGCCACACCAAAGUGCUGACGGACUUUGAUGGGCGGGUCCUGACGGAGGCAGCCCAGGUGCGCGUGGGCAGCGACAUGCUGGUCCGCUUCAGCAUCCGCAUGUUCAGCCUGUUGGUCUUCCGGGCACAGCCCGAGGACUCGGGCUUGUAUUUCUGCGGCACCCGCAAGGGGGACUACUUUUACGCCUACGAUGUGGACAUCCAGAGCAGUGAGGGGAUGGUGGCCACCUUCAAGGACCAGGGCCAGGAGCCCCUCGCAGAUGAGUACCAUGGGAGCCUCCACGUCUUCACCACCUUCUGGGAGUGGACCCCCUGCGACCGCUGCGGGGUGCGUGGGGAGCAGUGGCGCAUUGGCCUGUGUUACCUGCAGAGCCCAGACCUCUCCCCCCGCUACCGCAAGACAUUGCCCGACGUGGUGUCCUGUGGUUCGCGGGCUGUGCCCAGGCAGCUCCGGGCCAAGGCCGGUGACCGCGCCCCCGAGCUGCUGCUUCAGAGCUGCCUGGUGCCCUGCGAGAAGAAGAAGAAGAAGAUGCAGGAGGGUGUGAUGGCCCUCUUCAGCUACGUGUCCAAAGUGGGCAGCCGGCCCUGGUUGCCCCAGGUGCCCAUUCAGUUCCACCAGCAGAGGCUGGGCCACGGACUGAUCAUCUCCUGUCCCGGGGCCCGGCCGGAGCAUGCCGUGGCCUGGGACAAGGACCACCAGUACCUCUACCGCACGCAGUACCUAAAGGGCGUCAACUGGUCCAUGAGGGUGUUCAUCGACCAUGGCAACCAUCUCCACAUCCGCUCCACGCAGCUGGAAGACCGGGGCAUCUACUAUUGCUGGCGGCAGGGCGUGCGCGUCGCUGGGUUCCGACUGGCUGUGACAUCUCGAGGCCGCUACCCAGUCUCGUUCUCCAACCCCGAGAUUCGGGCCACCCUGGUGCUCACCCUGAUAGGCUACCUGCUCAUCACGGCCGUCUUCAUCACUAUUCACCUCUGUCGUUGCUGCUGUUACUUAUUCCGCUGUUGUCCCCACUUCUCCCCCUAG